GCCGCUGUUUCAUUCCUACCACCACCUUCACUUUCAUCCGGCUUUGAGAGUCGCUUUACAUUUCUAUCUCGCCAUUUUUCUUCUUCACGCUAUGCCUUCUACACACCCUUUGCCUGACUUUGCCGGUCACCUGGUUGCGAACGGUCGUCUUCUCCUUCUAGAGCUUCUCGGUGCUGGUUCAUACGGGAAAGUCUAUCGCGCUGUCGAUAUCACGUCGCCCAAGCAUGCUGAGGAAUACUACGCUGUCAAGUGUACGCACAGAUACAAGAAGGGUUCGCGACGCGACGCUCUCCAAAAGCGAGAAUUUUCGGCUCAUGCGAAGGUAUCUGGACACCCUAACAUCAUCACCUUUCAUAAGGCCUUCUAUGACGGACUUUAUCUAUACAUUGUUCUCGACCUCUGCUCGGGCGGAGACCUCUACAACGCCAUAGGCAAAACCCAUCUUCUGCGCGACAACGACGCGCUUCUCAAAAGCGUUUUCAUUCAACUCAUUGACGCCCUUCAAUAUUGCCAUAAGAAGAGUAUAUUCCACCGCGAUCUCAAGCCAGAGAAUGUCCUGUGUUCAAGAGACUUCACUAAAGUUUUCCUUGCUGAUUUUGGUUUGGCGACAACACUAGAAGAUUGCAAACACAUUGGAUGCGGUAGCAUGUCAUAUCAGAGUCCAGAAUGCAUUGGCGAGGAAUGGAAGAGCCCGACGUACUCGGCAAGACGGAGUGAUGUUUGGUCGCUCGGGAUCGUUCUCGUCAACAUGCUUUCUCGUCGUUGUCCGUGGAAAACUGCAAGGACAUCUGAUGUACUAUUCAAUGCUUUCCUUCGUGAUUCGACCUUCUUUCAGAAAUGCUUUCCCUUCUCGCCUGGCGUUAUCAAUGUCCUUCUGCGUAUCUUUGUCAUCCGUUCUGGCGAGCGGAUCACCCUACCUGAACUUCGCGAGGCGAUUCUCAGACUCGAUACUUUCUUCCUGUCGCCCGAAGACCUUUCUCAUGCUCCCAAGCUUAUUAGGGAUAUGGCUUAUCGGAGCCUUCCUGAUCGCAAUCAGCUGCAUCUAAGCGCAUAUUAUGAGCGAUGA